CACCCUGGAUGUCAAGGAUUGGUUGAAUUCACCUCCAGGACUAGACUUCUACUACGUUCGAAAACAAACGCAGUAUAGAAAAAUUAAUGCUAGUAUCACACGCAAAUCGCCUCAACGGCACUGUCAGUUUUCCGGGUUAGAAUCAUAUAUCCGCAGCAGAAACGUCAAAAUCAUGGAAUAUGGGGAUAUCGGGAGCAUAUGGCAGCAACGCUCGUAGCCAACAGGAAGAGCUAGCCUGCUAGCUUACAGACGAAUUUCACUACGGACAAAUCGAACAGAGAAUUGAAGGAUAGCCCGUCAGCAUGUUGAUGGUGGGCGACCAUGGAGGGAUCUUAUAGAAUGAGUGUGAGAGAGCUUUGUGAGACAGAUGAUCUGGCAACGAGUCUGGUGCUGGAUCCCUUACUGGGGUUCAGCACCCAUAAGAUGAACAUAAGUCCUCCCCCCGAGAUCCGGCGAUGGGGUUACCUCAGAGAAACACUUUUGCGGUUCAAACGCACACAUGACUUCCAGGCCACCUUUGAUGCCCUGUUGGAUGGGGAAUGGGUCAGCGGCUAUUUCACGGGACUGGGUUCACACCGACAGGAGCUGCUGAAGCAACAUAUGUAUCGUUAUAUGACAGCAUUUCUGUUGGACAGUGGAGUGAACAUUGAGCCAUGUAAUCGCUAUUCCUCUGAGACUAAUGGAGCCAAAAUCACAUCCACCCGAAACUGGCUUGUGGGAGAACGGGUGGAGGUCCUGCAGGGCUGUAUAGCUGAGCUGAGUCCUGAGGAUAGUGCCGUCCUCAGAGCGGGAGUGAAUGACUUCAGUGUCAUGUAUUCGACGCGCAAGAGAUGUGCUCAGCUCUGGCUGGGGCCCGCUGCCUUUAUCAAUCACGACUGCAGACCCAACUGUAAGUUUGUCCCUGGAGAUAAGAAUGGAGCUUGUGUAAAAGUGAUGCGGCCCAUCUCACCGGGGGAGGAGAUUACCUGUUACUAUGGGGACAGCUUUUUUGGAGAGAAUAAUGAAAUGUGUGAAUGUUGCACAUGUGAGAGGAGAGGAGAGGGAUCAUUUAAGAAGAGAGACCAGUUACCAGAUGAGACUUGCCCUGGGGAUCCUUCAGCACAGAAAUAUGAGUUCAGAGAGACUGACCUAAGGCUUAACAGGAAUAGGGGAAAUGGCACCCCAAAGUCAUUUCUCACUGUAUCAAACUCAGCCUUGCCAGUGGGAAAAUUUCCCCAACGGACAAAGAGGAACGCCCUUGUUUUGAGCAAAAUGCGAAAGUCUGAUAGGUGGAGGAGGGAGGAGCAUUGCAAACAGGUGGAAAAGAGGACACAAAACAUCUUAUCAUCUUUGCCUCACCUCAAGCUAAAGGAGCUGAGCAUCUGCCUCUAUCAGCACAGCACAAAUUUUCUAUUAAGCUGUAAGGACCCUUUAAGCAAAGAAAGGGCCCUGCUAUACCUAAUUGAGAGAGAGCGACCAAUAGCAGAGAGGAUAACAAAGAACAGCAAAUCUGUCUCUCCACCUUUCAGUAGUGCUAACAUAAAUGGACCGGAGGAUAGAAAAGAUGAGGAUGGAGAAAUAUUAAAUGGAGACCCCGUAAUUAGUUUUAAACCCUUUACUCUUGGAUGUGUUUCCAGUUUACAUGAAAGAGACAGCAUGAAGGCCAAGGGACGUAACAUUGAUGCAUCAUCUGUCAGAAUUGUCCACCAGGGCAUUUCCUCAAGGACCAGGAAUAUUCUUCGUAGUCGUCUGAGCAGUCUCCAAUCAAGGAGCCAAUCUAAACUCUCCAGAUUCAGCAAAAGGAGGACCAGACUGAUCAAAUCUAAUGCUAAACUCUCUGCAGGGCCAAAUGAAUGUGCUGACUCGCAGACACAAGAUGGUAGCAAGCAGGAAGGAAGCGAGUUUGAGUCCAAGAACACUGCUAACCCUGGUUUAAUCUCCACAGGUAAACCAUGUAAUGAUAAACAUGUACAGGUUGAUGGAGACACUGGAACUAACCGUGACAAAUCAUCACAAACAGAGAGCACGGCGAUCACAGAGACUCAGCAGAGUGUCUUUAGGGAUUGCUUCAGGGAAGUGGCUGGCGACAGGAGGCACUUCAACGGUUCCAUUGCUCCUGGGGCAGGUGAUGUUAGUGCUUGUGUAGCUUCAGAGACCUCAGGGGAUAACAAGCAAAACCACAGGCUGUCUGUCUCUUCUAGUGCUGUUAGCGAUACAUCGUUCUUGUCUUCACCAUUUCUUAAUAGUCCUGUGUCUUUCCACUCAGGGUUAAAUCGUUACCUCAGAGUCAGUCUGGUCAGGGUGGCUAUUCCAGGAAAGCCCAAGGUUGAAAGUACAGGUCAGAAGGAGGCAGACAGUAGAAGAGACAAGGUUACAGCACCAGCAGCAGCAUCAGUACAGCAAAACACAAAAUAUAAUGGCAGCAAAGACAGCAAUAGACAAGGUAAGAAAGGGGUAAAGGAGUUGUAUUUCACACCAGUCAAUAUGGAGAGUGCAGAUAAAUACAUAAAAGUAACAUGUGAUUUAGAGACUGGCAAAAACACAGUCACACAACCUGUUUCAAAAGAACUGGUGGAUGUGUUGGGUAAGGAUAGCCACAGUGAACAUGCAGUUGAAGCUAAGCAAGAUGAUAAAGCUGUAACGGUUGAGUCUGUUGAAGUUACAAUUCCCAAAAAUUCUGAAGUUGUUGUGCAGAAACAGAAAAGAACAGAUAAGUAUGAGAAACGAACACAUGUUCAAUGCAUACCUGAGGUGCAGAAUAAAGAAAGCAUGAUCAAGAAGCAGGAAAGAGGAACUGAUGAAGAAAAUCCCUUGAAAAAGAAAGUGAUAACAGCAUGUUUUGGUAGCAGGACUGUUGUUGUUAAAGAGGCAAAGGUACUGUUGAAGGAUAUUAGAAAGAAUUUGAGUUGCAAGUUUAGUCAACAAGAUAAGGUAACUAAUGAUCACCAUCCUCCGUGCAGUUGCAGUGGGAAAGGAGAACCUAGUAAUAUAAGGACACUAUCACUUACUGACAAUAAAAAGACAAAGAACAAGCAUGAAGCACUUAAUAACAGGAAUGAGAACUGUAAUAAAGGACUCGCUGCAGCUGAUCAGCCAAAUAUACAUGAAGAUACUCAAGUGAAACAGUCAGAAAACACUUUGAUUUCAUCUGAACCUCCACCCACUUGCAAGGUUUCUCUGGAUCACAGUCCUCAGAGCAGCAUUCCUCUAAAGAAACGAGCAUUUCGAGAAUCGCUUGAUACAGACCCAGAACAGGAUGUUAAUGUACCUGCAGCACCAUGUACUGAUGUUAGUAAAGGCAAAGAACCCACUUCGGACAAUCUGUUACCUAAGCCAAGCGAAAGCAGCACAACAUUGUUGAAAUUUUCAGAAGCAGAAUCAAGUUUAACUCUCAAAGCCAGUGUUGGCGUUGGGUCCAAAAAGCGUGGUUCAUCCAAGUUAAUAAAGAUUCCAUCUAAACAAUACUCUAAAGCUCUUCACAGUUCUCAUCGUGGACCAGGGCGAAACAAUGCCCGACUUUGUGAAUACAGAGAUGGUACAAGUAAUGUACAUGUUUGUGAGCGGACAAUCAAUGACCUCAAGCAUGAAACAUCUAAAAUUGCUGAAACAGUCAUUUGUAAUAUUGGAGAGGGAGAUCAAGAGAAAAGUGACAAAGGAGUAGAAGGAAGAAAUAAAGGACCAGGGAACUGUGAGAUUAUGGAUGAUACUGAACAUGCCAUCAACGAUGAGCUGUCUACCUCAAAUGUUUCAGAUAACAUGGAAGAAGACCAGAAGCUCAACGUCAGAAUACGCCUUAAGAGGAAAAGGGGAAAGGAAUGGGCAAUGGAGUGCACAGACGAUGCAAAAAGUGUUGCAGACAAGUCAAACCCACAGCAAUGCCUGGCUUUAGUUGACCCUUUUAGGGCCAUUUUGGAUUCUGUCUCGAUUUUAAAUGCAGAAAUGGAAAGGAUUCGAGGUCAUGGGGAGGCUGAUAAUGGCGUUGGAUUGGAGAAAGCCACCAAAGCAGUUCAAGACGUGCUGGAGCAUUGCAGAAAAGAAUGUGCAGCUAAGCCAUGUAAAAGACAACAAAAAAUAUCAGCUGUUUGCAUUAACAAGAAGAACAUUAGUACACCAAAAGAAAUUGUUCAAGACUGUGGUGAUGUUACAGACAAGCAACUACAGCAAAAAUCAUCUGAUCCAAAAAUCGAGGCAGACAUUGAUGACAUUAAACCGUUACCUCUGAUUAGAUUGUGCAGGAGAGCUGAAGGCAAGUGGGAGGUGGAGUGGAAAGAAGCGCACAAUGAAGAUGAGAGCACUGAUACUGAGCACGGGGAGCCAAAGAAAUUAACAUCUGUCUUCUCUACAGCAGCAGUAGUGGAACAGACACCUCUUGGCAAUGUUAAAGACGAAAACCCAUCUCAAUGCCAGCAACUUAUGACGGGGCGUAUGUGCACCAAGGGGACAGAGACCUUCAGAGAUCCCCUGAGUUUUGAGACUUCACCCUUACCAUUAUCUCUUUCACCUUUGUCACUUUACUCUCCCGGUUAUGAUGGGCUGGCAGGAGUUAGUAAUGUCAGUGGGAGUGUUCAAGCAAAAGAGAAUGCAAGAGAGCAGGUUUCAGACAAUUUCGAAAGUUUUAAGGCUGCAGUUAGUAGAAGUGACAGUAAAGGAAGGAGUGACAUUUGCUUGAGUCACAAUUUGUUACAGAUUAACAAAAGUCUGUCAAAACUCCAGGCUCUGAGCCAGCCACAGGUAUGUGAGAAAAGUGUGCCCACUAACACUAGUAUAAACACCUCUCAAAUUCAGUCUCCUCCCAUCUCUCCCUUUACCACAGAUUGUAGCUUUAGUAACUAUUCAGAAGAUGUGCUUGACUUUCCAUGUUUAAAUCUUGAAAGCUACGAUCAGAUGCCUCCACAAAACAACUUAGCAGGCUCUUUAAUAGAUUACUGUCCUGGUGAACCACAUAACACUGGGUCCUUCAGCAGCCCCUUCUCCCAAAGUCCUACCGAUGCAUGGAAUCCGGAGACCCCUUACCUAGGAUCACCAAGCCCAGUGAGUAACUUUAGUAGUGACGAAGAGCUAAAUUUCCCGGAUAUUGUCUUUGCUCAGUCAGACACAUCUUCAUCUAUUGGUGCAUCUCAACUCAAUCUCUUCAGAGAUAAGCUCUGUAGUACAGCCACAAGUUCUGUUCCUCUGCAAGACCCUGAGAAAGAUCUGUACUUGUCUGAUGGCGAGCUGUCAAAAACUCCAAUAGAGCUCCAGGUCCAGGAAGAUUCAGCAACACAGUUUCUCCCCAAAGACUUUACCAUGUUUAACAGUGCUUCUACAAGUGCUAAACAGCCUGGGCACUUAAAUUUACGCCUGCAUCCUCAGGAUAAAAAGUUAAGCUUUUUUGAUUCCAUUGUUAACUUGAAGUCCUCAGAGCCAGGCCUUGCUAAAAUUGAUGGUAAAGACAAUGGACCUCUCAACCUGCAUAGCUCAAAAGCUAAAUCCGAAUCCGUCUUUCCAAACCAGACAACACAAAGUCUACAUGGUGCCGGACCUCAAAGUAACCUUGUUACACCCUUCCAUGCUGAUUAUCCAGGUGCAUUCAACUCUGGCAAUGCAUUUUUUCGUAGCAAUGACAAGAAGCUUCCUUUUUUUUCAAACCCCAAGAAUGUCUUGAAAAGCGAGGAAGGCCAAAACGCUUGUCGAGUUUCUGUAGCUGCUGGCAGCUUAAAAUCUCACAACAACCUGGAAAGCAUCUAUGCUUAUCCAGGUACGUCAAGUUCUCACAGUGGAAAAGAGUCUUCUGCUAGAUGCCAUAAUGCUGGGUUUUUAAGAUUGGCUGAAAGUCAGCAAAAAAACCCAAAAAACAUGCCUUCCAAACAGUACCCCUCUAAUCUCAUUCCGCAAGGUGAUCGCAUUCACCCCGUUUACUUCAUCAGCUCUAGCAAAACCACAACCAACUUUUUCAAGAACAAUGCAGGCCUAAAGUCCCAGAUCUCAAGAAGUGAUAAAGAUCCAUCCCUGUCCUCCACAUUUUUAUUUCCCUCAUCUCAAAGUUCUCAAUGUUACAGUACGACACAAAGCAAACUCUCAAAAUUGGAAAAACCUCAUGCUGUCGUGGCUCCCACUCAAAACACUCAGCUUUCUGGAGUGUCUUCUAUCCAGCUCAAUAAGAAUCCGAUGUGUUCAAACAUUUCUGAUUUCAACUUCAGCUCCUCUCUUUCACCUCCUGCGUCGCAGCACAGCAGUCCUCAUUUGGGAUACAGAGAAUCCUCAAUCCAUGAGGUCCCAUUGAUUAAAACUCAGUCAACCACCUUUGAACAUGGUCAAACUCCUCACCAGUCGUACGUAGUAAACUUCACCGGAGAUCAUUCCCUGACUCUGGGCUACAGUGAGGAUGGUGAAAACUUGAAUUAUUCCGGUUCAGGACCUGCAAAUUACACUUAUCAUUGUCUAAUGGAGCCUUCGGGAACACAAGGAAGGCUGGUCGUGGAAGCAUGUGGUCCCUCUAACUUCUCAUCUGCUCCUUCUGUGAGUAGGUGUGCAGGGUCUAAAGGCCACGGAGGCCAAAACGGUAAGGAACAGCAGCAUCAGGGGACAGGAACUCACCCAUAUAAUUCUUUACACUUCUCCACCUCCCACUCGCAAAGCACCCCUAUAACGGAGCGCAAGCCUAAGAGACUUAGGCUCGUGGUGACUGACGGUACAGUGGAUCUGGACCUACAAUAUACUGAUUAAUAACGACCAUUUGUCGUUGAUAUGCUGAGACUUUAUUUAUUUAAAACAACUUCGAUGUAAUGAGAUGUUCUUUUUGUUUUCAUUAAACUUGUACCAUGUAAAAUGUCCUGUUCUUAGCAUUGAAACAGAUUUUCUUGAAAUAUUUAAAUACAUAUUUUUAUUAGCACACACUUAAAUAACUUAGUUAUUUGUAUGCUACAUGAAUUUUGUUUAGUACCUUAUUAUAGAAGAUAAUAUUUUCAUGCUAGUGGUUCUGUAUUAAAACAGAAAAAUAGAUACUCUGUUUGUCCUGUAGUACAUAAGACUUGCCACAAGAUGGGGAUGUUGUUCUCCACAAUGUGGAAAUUCUCUGUUCCUCCUAGCCUUUUCGGUUUGGAGUUUUUGCAGACAUGUGACUGAUCAUAUGUGAGAAAUGGAAGUGUGGCUGGCAGCUCGCACAGCUCAGUGGGUUAGCACAUGAAGGACCAGAGCAGGGAGUGUGUGCUUUUAAUUUAGGGUUGUUUGAAAGCUAGUUUGUCGAUUUAAAUUAGAAUGUCAACCACUGACUACACAAAUAUUUGUGCAACAUAUGACAAACGCAUACCUUGUGCAGCUCUCAGGUGUCCUGUAUUUGGUUUAGGGGAUUCCUGCAUGUCAAUAAAGGACUGCAGCAACUGCUACAUGAAAUGCAUACAAAUCACAGAUAUUUCAGCACCUUUACCAUCAGUGAUGUCAUUUAUUUGAAUAGGCUCCCAUCUUUGUCAUACAAAUCACACACACCUUUUACAAGCACAAAUGUGUUGUGGUAUUGGAUGCCCUUUUUAACACCAAACAUUUGUCUAUAUCAGCUUCAUGGGGUUUUGUAUAAUAUUUGGUAUUGAUUUGGUACAUUGGGCCGAUGCAUAAUUAAUUAGUUACCACUUGUAUUAUUCUAGAGAGAUGUUUAGUGCCCUUGGAACUGAUCCUUGAUCAGACUCACUUAACAAUUACAAGAAUACUGUUACAAUAAUGAACUAUAGUCCUACAGGUCACCAAGACCCAAAACCUGACAUCAUCUCCAACCAGAUAUAUUUUUUUAUUUUUUGAACUUUUUUUUUUUUUUACCUCCCCAGUACAUAGUCAGAUAUGGAAUGUGUUUGUUGGUUUCUUCUCGGUUUUAAUAGUUGCAGACUUAACAGAGCCCUGGGCUGUCCUACAUGUUUAUAACAUAGUUUGUGUUAAGCCUUGCCUUGGUCUAUGAAAAGCCAGUGUAUUAAUUAUAUUUAUUUUUAAUAUGUUCUUAACAUGGUGCUUCAAUAUAACUUAAUUUUUGAUUGUACUAAAUUUAAUGUAUAUUACUGUUUUUUUAAUAUCUACAAUUCAGAUGUCUUUUAUUUCUGGUAUGUCUUGUAUGGCCAUCCUGUUUGUUACUUAGGACAUUUGAGAUAAAUUUUAAAUUGUAAUGUUCAACUGUAAAAUUGUAAAAAAUGAAAUUAAUGCAAUUAAAAUGAAAUGAUUUUAAAUAAA